AUGAGUUUCUUUGAGAGAUCUGCGUCUUCUCCGCUAGCCAAUCAGCUACUUGAGAUAAUAAAUCGCAAACAAUCUAAUCUCUGCGUAUCAGUCGACUUCACCCACUCGGACACUCUCCUCCAGCUCGUCGAUGCUGUUGGUCCGCACGUCUGCAUGAUUAAAACGCAUAUUGACAUCAUCUGUGAUUUUGAUAUCAAUCUCGUGCACUCUCUCUCUUCUCUCUCCCGCAAACACGAUUUUCUCAUCUUUGAAGAUAGGAAAUUCGCCGAUAUCGGAAACACCGUCUCCUUGCAGUACUCCUCAGGCGCCCAUAAAAUUGCGUCUUGGUCACACCUCACAAACGCACACGCUCUUCCCGGUGACGGCAUCGUUCAUGGUCUUAAGAAGGUUGGCCUUCCACUCAACAGAGGUCUUCUCCUUCUCGCUCAGAUGUCCUCCGCUGGCUCUCUCGCUGACUCCUCCUACACCCAAGCUACCCUCGACAUGGCCAGGCGACACAGCGACUUCGUUAUCGGCUUUAUCGCCCAGCAGAGACUCGGCACGCUCGACGAAGGUUUCCUCAUCCUCACCCCAGGCGUCGGGUUGGAUGUUAAGGGCGAUGGAAUGGGUCAGCAAUAUAGAACGCCCGAUGAGGUCGUCGACGCUGGUACUGACGUCAUUAUUGUCGGUAGAGGUGUUACGGGGAAUGAGCACUCUGUCGAUUACAUCAAAUCCGCUGAGCAGGCUUUGAGGUAUAAGAAAGCUGGCUGGGAUGCUAUUAGAAGGGUGCACCAUGUGUAG